ACCAAACAUCCAACACUACUAGACUGUACUCUUUACUCUCUGAAUAUAUAUAUAUAUAUAUAUCAGUGAUCAAGAAUGGAUAUCUUUCGAAGUUAUUACUCCGACUCACUUACUGAAUCUUCAUCACUUUCUGAUAACAGCAGCUCCCCAUGUAAUAGAGCUAAUCUUUCUGAUGAGGAAGUUUUGUUAGCUUCAAAUAACCCCAAGAAGCGAGCAGGGAGGAAGAAGUUUCACGAAACUAGACACCCAGUAUACAGGGGAGUGAGGAAGAGGAACUCAGACAAAUGGGUUUGUGAAAUGAGACUACCAAAUAAGAAAUCAAGAAUAUGGCUUGGAACUUACCCCAUUGCAGAAAUGGCGGCCAGAGCUCAUGACGUGGCAGCUAUUGCAUUGAGGGGUCGUUCUGCUUGCUUGAACUUUGCAGACUCAGUUUGGAAGUUGCCUAUCCCAGCUUCUACCGACGCUAAGGAUAUUCAGAGAGCGGCGGCGGAGGCAGCCGAGGCUUUCCGGCCAUCUGAGUCAGAAGCAAUUUCAGGUGAAUCAUGUGCUGGCACUACUCCUGAAACGCUAGAAAAUGAUAAGUUUUUUAUGGAUGAGGAAGCUCUGUUUUGCAUGCCGGGAUUGCUAGCGAGUAUGGCGGAAGGAUUAAUGCUGCCUCCACCUCACUUCGUAGAUGUUGGAGAUUAUGUGGAAGCUGCUGACAUGCAUCUAUGGAGUUAUACUAUUUAAAAAACUUCUGGUUAUAUUGCCUCUUUCGAACAAUCUAUAUAUAUCUAUAUCAUCUUCCCUAUAAGUAUAUAUAGUCAAUAUGCAAUUAGAAUGCUCGAGGUUACUUAAAUUAGGAUUUAGUUAGGAGAUAUAUACUGGUAGUUUCGUACUCAAAUAUUUGGAAGGUACGAAUUUACAAUAGCGUUGUAAAUAUUUGGUUAGGCAAGUGAGAAACAAAAAGCUUUGUUAUUUUCAU